CAUUACUCCAACAGACCUCUUGGCUUUAAUCCCGGGAUGAUGCGAUUCUAACAACGAGGCUGAUAAAUCUGCUGGCUGCUUCGUCCACAUCUCCUUUUUCUUCUUCUUCUCCUUCUCGCUUUAACGGUGAUGUUAGCGAAUGCUACAGGCGGUGAAGUAUUCAGACUUGCAAAAACAAGUGUUAUCCAGGCAUCUUUCACACUAUUGACCUACCCAGCCCAUUUUCUGGGUCGCAUGCGGAGGUGGGGCACAGACGACAGAUGGAGGAUGCAGGGUUCAGAGAAUUUGUUUGCCUUGGCAGAUAGGCAUGACCUGGAUUCCAAUGGAUUUUUAAUCUUACAGCCUCCCCCACCCAUAUCCUCACCUUUAUCAGGUCCUUGGAGUUUUCUGACAUCUUGGUAUGUUUUUGGAUUAAUCUUGAUGGCGGUUCUCUUACAUCGUAUUCGGAACAUCGUAGUUCCUCCUAGGGAUCAGUUUAUCGGCCGGUUUUCUCGUACAGCAGGGCUCCGUGCAUUCCCGCAUUCUACUAUCCCGUUGGUUUUCCCCUUGGAUUUGUCGUCUUCAAUGGGCCGUCUCGUGCUGCGGUUGCCUUCCCUAUACUUCAUCCUCAAGAUGCUCGUUAUAUGGCUCAUCGUCCUCGCUCAAGCAGCAGACAAGUUUCCAACAUCCAACUCGUCAUGGUUACAGUCAAUUGGGACUUACGUCGCCCAAAGAGAAACAGCCGACCUCUGCUGGUCCACUUUUUGCUCUGUCUGUGGCGUCUUAUGCAUGGAAGGACUAACACAUGGUUUAGAAGGCGGAGCGCACCGCCCUUCACCAUUUAAUCUGUUUGGCUAUGCAUUUGUUUUGCACACCUACUCUUCCCCAGUGACUCACUGGAUAAAGCUCGAAGGCUCGACUUCUCGGCCAGACAAGCAUGUAGUAUUCACUAUCCUACUACCAUUGCUCCAGCUCGCAAUCAUCCACUUGAUCGGGAUCAAGCAAGAUUGGUCAUCCCACCGCCUCUUCCCAUCAGCAUUCGUCUCCUUCCUCGCACUCACCCACUUCCAUUCAGUCCUCUGGCUAUCAGAUUCAUCUUACCCGUUGCUCAACUACGUACCUUGCUUAUUCGAAUCCACCCUUAUCGCAGUCGUCUUCCUCGCCCUUUUCCUCAACGCAUUCACCCAGAUUGUCACAGAGGGCAAGGUCUCCCGUCUCCUAUUCGGCCACCAAGCUGCUCUUCUUCCGAAAUGGGAUGAAGAUUUCUCGGUGGCGUUGUUGCGCAUGGGUACUGCGAGCCUCGAGGCGUCGAGCGUCAUGGGCCUCGGGAACCAAGUAGGGGGUGUGGCUGCGCCCGUGCCUAUUCCUUUAAGCGACGGCACUAUCGAGCUGAAUCGCCUGGGAGUAGCUUCGCUCUCUCCAGCUGUCCAAGGCUCUAUCAAACAGCGCCGCUUCAAGAACGGGUUUUCGAAUGAAAUCAAGAAUGUGAGGGUGAUCACGACUGGAGGGGAUAUUUGGGUGGAUAUGGCUUGGUGUAGGGAGCUUGGGAGGCUUGGGGUGGGUGUGGUGCGGUGUGUGAGGAGGUUGGUGGGGAAGGUUUGGAGUUUGCUUCGGUGGAGGUCGAGGAGGGUGCCUCAUUUCCCUCCGAGGCGCUUGGUUGUUAGGAGCGAGGGCACCAGGCGUGAGCGGAAUCAAGAUCUAGAUGCCGAUGAUGCCGAAGAAGAAGAAGAGUUGUACGAACGAUUCAUUAGGGGAGAACCCAUGGACGAAGAGGAUGAAGAUUUUGAAUAUCACCCUUCUGAAGCGGAGCGGAACGGCUCUACUAGCCCGACUUCUUGGAGGUCUGGGCACGACAGCGAGGAGGAAGAGGAAGGAGAAGAGGAAAAAGAAGAAGAAGAAGAAGUUUUACGCCAAGACACAAACGAGACCGUCAGCUUGUUCUCGGACCUCUCUUCCGCUCCCUCGGUCAUGACUUCUGCCUCGGUUUUGGUGGCACACAUGACGCAUGAUUCGGCGUUGCCAAUGACAAGACAACGAUUCCAGCACCUUAUGUCGGUGCCUUCUCACCGCAGUGACAGCCUUCUUAGCGACUGGUCCGACGUUGCUGCGAUCCGACGAUCGUCUUCCAGCGGGACUGGAACGCAUGGAGACCCAAACGACGAGGCGAGGAGAAAUUGUGUGAUAUGUACGGUUGAGCCACGCCAAAUCAUAUGUUGGCCAUGUCGAUGUCUAGCGGUGUGUGAUGACUGCCGCGAGAAUCUUGCGUCCCGUUCGUCAGCAUCCACGCACACGUGUCCCUGCUGUCGAAGAAACGUGGACGGGUAUUCGAAGAUCUACAUCCCCUAAUCUCAACGAAUUUUGCUUGUGUGGAUUUCAACAAUGUAAACAGCAGUCGCUAUUCCUGUUUCUGGAUCGUGGAUCGUAAAUAAUUGUGUGGUGUUAUUAGUGCUCUUAGGAUCUAUUCUUGCAACUUUUGGUUUUUAGAUAAC